CUUUGCGGCGGCGGCGGCGGCGCUGUUUGCUCGUCUUCUACACACGCCCAGUGCGAGUGGCCGCCGGUACCAGCAAGCGGCACCGACCGGCCUCUAUUAUUAGAGUUCUCUCACAUCUACGCUGCACGAACGGUUAGCGUUGCUUCCCGCCGCAAGGCAAAGCGAGCUCCUGACAGUGUGCGGUCUGAAUGAGGUGAUUUAACCUUGCCACAGCAAGCUGAAAGUCACUUUGCUCUGACGUGACCUCCCUAGAAGGACCAAAGUGAAAACUGCAACCUGCCAAGCCAUUCAGACACAUACCACCCGCCUGGAGCCUGUGAAUGUGAAGAUGGAUGACGGUGGCAGAGCUGCUAGCGGAGCCUCAGUUUCGCAGGCCAGUGGGGUGGCAACUGCUAGGAAGAAUGUGCCAACUGCUUGUCCCCCUGCUACCAAGCAAAAGGCCAGCAAGCCCCCCCAGCCACCAAACAAGGUUCCCAACAAGAAACAGCCAGCAGCCCCUGUAGCUGCUUCUCCUUCAGUUCCUAGUGGAGCUUCCAGAACACUUGGACAUGGACCUGCCCGGAAGGCCAACAUGCAGCAGCCCAAGCAGCCAGCAUCCAAGACUAGUAACGUUGACAACUUGUCUGCUAGAGCGACAAUGAAAAAGGCAACAGGGGACAAGGCAAGUGGACUGAAGACGUCAGAAAAGAUGGCUGCGGAGAAGGAAGUGCAGCAGAAACCCCCAAAAGGGACCACACAGCCCAUAGCAUCUAAAGCACCUUCAACAAAGCCCAGCAGAACUGAACAGACUAAAACUUCCAGGACUUGGUUGCCAGGAACAAAGAAUUCAACCUCAUCCUCUUUAAACAGAACUGCAACUAAUGAUAAGAAUGUGGGCAAACAUAAGCCAACACCACCACCUGCUGGUCAGGCCACGUCAGCACAGCAGCAGAAAAACACUCUGGCAACACAGAGAGAUGCCUCUAGAGCUGCCACAGUUUUAAAGGCCAAGGUUUCAAGCUCCAACUCCUCUGUGAAGAUAACACCUGCCUUAAAGCAUCCCAAACACUCAGCCUCCAAAUCACAAUCUGAGCAAAAUCUCGGAGAGAGGAAUGUGACUGCACCUGUGAACAGCAGGUUUGCAACAAAGAAAUUUUCAGACCCCAGUAAGCCCCAAAUUCCAGCCAAGGCAACUGGUGGGAGUCUCCAUCCAACCACUCUUCCAAGAGCCUUCGCUUCUUCUCCCAAACCUCUGCCUCCUUCAGGCAAGAAGCUUCUGAAGAAAGAUAGUCUUUCCAGUCGUGAGCAGGUGUCCCCCCAAAAGAAGCCUCAAGAGACAAUUGCCAAGGAAGGGAAUGGCAAGAAAACCAUCAAGGAAGCAGAAAGUGCUUCAGACAAGGAUACAACGUUUCUAGAAAAGUUGGAAUCUACAGCAGCAGAAGAAACUGUUGACCAGCCACUCUCCCAGGAGACUGCAAACUGUUGCAUAACAGUAGUAGGGAUGAAGCAGAUGGAACCAGGAGACUUGGAAGAAGACAGAGCUGAACAGACAAACAUUAAUGCUUCAGAAGGGCUGCCUCCAGCACUCCUUGAGGCACCUGUGGUCUGCCCUGGACCACAAGAUAUUGGUAUAUCUUCUGUUAGUGAGAUGCCUCACUUGACCACUCCUGAUGUCCUGGAGGUACAUUGUGAUAGUAGUGAUGAAACACAUAAUUUAGAGCCAGAACUCCCUUGUGAAACAUCUCCUCCCAUUCAGUUGGAGCUCUCUCACCAAACUUCUCCAGCAGAAACCUUAUGGCAUGAAGAAGGAGGCAUGGACUCUGAGCAUCUCAGAGAACAAACAUCUCAUUUUGAUGCUCCAGUGGCUAUUGAGCAGCCCCAUUUCUUGCACAACCCUGACACAUCAUCUCUUGAUGUACAUCAUAUUUCAACAACAUCCUUUCCAGCUGAGGAUUCCCAGAUUUUAAUAAAUGAGUCCAUUCCUGUGCUUGAGAGAUCUCCUUCUUCUGAGUCCUUGACCUUAGAGUCUGAAUUGCUUGAAGAGACUCAAACUAUAAAGCUAGUAGUUCUGGCUGAGCCACAGGAGGAUCCCAGUCUUUCAGCAGAGCACUCUCUCUCUGUUAGCCAGGUUGAUCCAACCUUAAACACUGUAACAGAGUCACUAGCAGUGGGCCACAAUGACAGCAGUGAAUUGGAAAUGGUGAAUAGGGUAUUGAAUUUGUGUCAGAACUCAGAGGAAGAACUGCAGAAGGAAGUGGUAUCUCUAGAGGUAGGAAAUGAAAGACAUGAAAGACUGAAGAGCCCCCUAGAUCUUGCAACUAAAGAUAGUGAACUUACACAGAAAGUAGUCACUUCUCAGCAGAUGGAGGAUGUGCAUUGUGUCCCUAUUCGUGCUGAAAAUGAAGAGCUAAUGGAAGUUCUGCAAGUAGCAGAUCAUUUAAUAAUGGGAGCAGCUACUCAAUACCAAACCCGCCUCCCUGUGUUUGUGGCAGCAACCUCAAUUCCUACACAAUUGCCUGGAGAGCCUUUUGAAGCCUAUGAUGAUCAGUCUAGCAGCUUAGAUGAAUACCCCACCAUUGGAGAACUUGAGGAUGAUGCAGUCAUUCCAGAAGAAUGCAUGAGUAAUGUGAAGCAAGAAGAGGCCACCCAAUAUGAAACUCCAGACUUCUUGUUUCAUCCUUCAGGGGAGCUCUCACCAAAUAGUGGUACUGCUCAGCUGUCAAUGCACAAACCUCAGAGCUUGCCUUUGAAGAGCUUGGAUUUGUUACAAGAAUACCCAACUGAGUUAACUGAAAUGCCAGAGUUGCUGUUAAGUAGUACAGAGCUGAAAGCUCUCUCCCCAGAGAAGGGAGGCUCAUCUUCCAAAUCCAGCACCCUAAGUGGGCCUGAUCUAGCAGGUAAGAGCAGCAGUGAAACUAGCACACCUGAAGAGCUACGGGAGUAUGACAGUAGCUCUGGAGUUGAGUCCAAAUCAGAUGAGAAAUUGGAACAAACCUGUCAUCAGCUCCUGAGUCCCUUGGAGGACCUCCCUGGUGAACUUGAUCUGGGCAUCCACAUGGAAAAGGGAGAUGAUGAGGCAGAGACCCUGCCAGCAGAUGAAGUCCUUGGAGAUCCACCUACUGAACCCACUGUAUCCUCCGAAGAGGAAGCCGAACUGGAUGCAGAUCUUCUGAAGGAAGCAGGCUUUCCCAAAACAGUAUGCCUCUUGACAUCACCUCUUCCAACCAAGUCACAUUUGCCCCAUUCGGUAGAGGAGUCUGAUGAACCAGGUUCUGGUGAUGCUGGCACAGAAACCCCAGCCUCAACCAACUCUGCAGCUUCGUGUGAUGUUUUUGGUGCCUUCCAUCUCCAUUCAACUGACAGCUGUGGCAAAAGCCCCGGCCUCUCUUCCCUGGACAGCGAAGAACAUUCCACCGAGGGCACUAAGGAGACCUGCAGCAAGAUCCCCAUGGAUUGGGAGCAACACUUGCACCUCACCCCAACGCCCUUGAAGACUGGAGGGCACGAAGAAGAAUCGUCACAGCCUUUCCCUGCCGCUCAUAGUCUGGCUGCAGGUGACAAUGGGGCUGGCUUGCCCUUCCCCUGGGAUCCAUGUCCAUCAGAGAUCCUCUCCACUAUCUAUGAAGUAGAAAGUGGUGCUGAAACACCUGGCCCAGAUGAAGAGGAUGGGAGCCGUUGCUUGCGUGCCACCUCCCGAGAACAGGCUCUUCAGCUAGGAAACAUCCAGGCUACAGUCGUACAGCAGCUAAUCAGCCGAGCCCUGCUCUUCCCAACAGAAGCACCUCCUGGGGCUGUCAGUGGGAAGGGGGCCAUGAACAGCGAAGCAGAGAUUGGCAAAUGGACAGAACUGAUCUCCCCUUUGGAAGAAUCUCGAGCCAGCAUCACUUCUGUGACAAGCUUCUCCCCAGAGGACAUGUCAUCCCCCCAUGGGGAUUGGACUGUGGUAGAAGUAGAAUCCUUCCACUGAUUAUUUCCCCCCUCACAAGUUAUAUAUAUAAGGCAUUUUUUGGAGGUCAUCCGAGUGUAUCUAUUAAAUGUUCAGGAAGGGUCAAGUAUUAGCUGACUGGAGAUACUGUUCUCCCCUUAAUCUUCAGCAGCUAAUGGUUUGAAUAAUUAAGCACUUGUGAAUCAUAAUUACUUUUGCCCCAGGCAGUUUUAGGCCUUAGGUUAUUUUUGGUUCAAUAGACUGACCAACUUUUCAUGUUUGGGACUUCCAGGCCAUACAUUUAUUUCCAGAGGGUGAGGCCCAUCUUUAUUUAGUCAUAACAUGUGAUUGUGCCAACUAUCGAUAUCACUAUCUGUCAAACAUGAUAAAAAUAAAUCCCCUCCACGUACUUUGAUAAGUGCUCAUGUUCUUCAUUAAUGAAAGCUAUCUAACAGAAGAUGCUAGUGGGCUUGAUUACUGAUACCUCCGCAUGGAAAGCUAUGAACAUUUGGUUGCCAGGCUGCCAAUAUUUGAUUUUUUUUUUUGGUCAUGGUAAACUUUGACAAAGUUUACUUUGACAAAAACCAAAUUUCCUGGCAAAGGUGUUUUACCUUGAGGUUUUUUAAGGAAGUAGCAUUUCAAAAUUUGUGCUCACACAAUAUACUUAGGAUGAGACCUAACAGAUGAAUUUGUAUAUUAUCAAACAGCCUGGAUUUGCACAAUAUGUUUGGUACAAGGACAUGGAUUAAUUCAAAAAGUAGUUUAAAUGGGUUGUGUGAAUGUAGCCAGCAUGGAAGAGAAAUUUACAAAUGAGGACAUCUUAGUGUUUUUGAAUGAUUAGUGUAUCUACUAUUUAGAAUGUGGUCACUCUAUGCCUCUUGUCUACUUCUAUGAAGUGGACAACUCAGCAACAUAUGCAACCUUAUACAGUGGCUGGAAGAUACCUUGGAUUCAAAGGGAGAUGUACUUUAGCAUCCUAAACAAGACUAAGUAUGAAAAGACUGCUAAAGAAUCGGUUUUGGAAUUUUUUUUCAAAGAUGCAAUUUUCAGACCACUUAAACUUCUUAUCUGAAUUGGAAAAGUUUAGAAAAUGUAGGGACCAAGUUUCAUUUUGAUGCAAUUGAUUCUUAUACUUGCUCUAGCCCAAGCUCCAUGCUUAUGUAGCUGUAGGCAACUCCCCUUUUUUUUUUCCUUUGUGCCAAGGGUUAUGCCUGGCCAAAUAGAGCUGUAUAUGUGUAGUUGUGAGGGGUUUUCCUGACUUGAUUGGGGCCAAUGCAGUGGUGGGAUGAGGAAUAUCUGGCAUAACUCUUUUAAGUUGUGAAUUACAAUUCCAAGCAGCCUCUGUCAAUUUGUGUAACUGUUUAACGUUAAGACAUUUUUCAGAGAGUCAUAGAUUGGCAGUGAAACCAUGCUAGUUUUGCUCUGGCAUUUGUUAGUAAGAGUAGUAUGAAACUACGCAGCAGCUAUGGGAUGGUGUCCAGCAGCAGCAUGAAUAGAUAAACUGACUCUAUCACACAACAGCAAUUGCUUAAUAGUUCCCUUUAGCCCUGCCAUAUUUUUUUUUGUUACCACAUCUGAGAAUCUACAUUAAACUGCCUAAAUUCAGAGCAGAGAUCACGAUCUAAAAGUUAGACUGCCCUUCUAACCUACUACCAGAUAAACAAUGUGAAAAAGCUUUUUCUAAUUGCCAUAUUUAAGAGGUACUGUACUCAUGAAGCUAAUCUGUUGCAAUACUAUCUUUCUCCUGAAAUGUGAAAUGUGUUUUUAAAAAUGUUCAUCUCAGUAACUCUGCCAUCUUCCUAUACCUACCUUCCCAGUAGUUCGAUUAGUUAAGAUUGAUAUAGAGCCUUAUUGUCUGUAACAAAGUAUUGAUGUGUGCAACUUUUUUUUGUAACGUAGCAAAGUGUGAUAUAGAUUUUUUUAAAAAAAUAAAAAUAAAUUUGAGGUUA